AUGCUUUUCUCUCUUGAUGUGUUCAUUAUGAGGUUGGAUAUUGGCAGGAAUCCCUGAGGUUUUUUUUAUGUCAGACACUUGCAAAACCUUUGGUAUAAAAUGCUUACAAAAAUAUGUCAUCAAAGAACCGUUCCUUUUACCCACUCAAUUCUUUUAUUUACUUGAGUUGUAAACCCAGUUUUGGGCUCUUUCUGUUACUGUGCCAGGGCACAUCUCAUUUCUCUCCAUCAUUAGAAGCAGUAUUUUUGUGGCAAGUAGGUUUCAGUGGCACAUAACGUGGAGGAUUGCGUAGGAGGCAGACGUGAACACUGACAGACUAUGUUUGACAUAGACAGAUGAAUAAAAAAGAUUAGUAAAAAUGAAGAGCGCCGUGGGAUUUUCGCUCUUGCUUGGGAAGUUGUAUCCAGUGGUCAGAAGGCUCUAUCUGUCUGAUGUGCAAAAAGUACAUCUGUGUCUCACUCUCUGAGGACUACAAUCUGGUGUCAGGACUGGCGUUUGAGCUCCAGUGAUGGUGUAGGAUGUGUGAUGUGCCUUUGGGCUAGGAAUCUAGGAGAUGACGCUUUGAGAAUUUCAAACGACAUUUUCUAGGGGAAGAAGUGUUGCUGCCACUACCAGUCAGCAGUUCUGGUCCUAUUACUGCUCCAGCAGGCAGCGAGGGCUCGUUUGCUGUGAAGGUUUUGGUGGCUGUCAGAGCGCGCAGCGUCCUGGCGGCUGAUUGAUGGCACUGCCCAGUUGCUGACCGUGAUGGAUGCGGUUCUCACUGCAAUUGGGUGACAUUUGAUCUAGCAGUGAGUGAGCCAAAAUGCCACAGGUAAUGCUCUGAACAGACAUCCAAAAUAGAUCAACUUGCAGCUUGCAUCAAAACAUGUAGCAAAUCUGCUUGCAGGGAAUCUGGCAUUACUGUCCUGGACAAGUCAGUCAUUUUACAGUUAGAAGGAAGCUUGUAAAGUGCCAUUGCAAAUGUGCUGCAGAGCAUCUUGACCUUUUGGCUUAAUCUGCACAUCUUUCCUGAUCAGUGGCCUCAUGCUUUGGUGAUAGGCUGCUGUUGGCAGCUGUGCAAUGCUGUUGAGAUUCAUGAAAGCCCUCUGCUAAUUUUUGGAAUGCUAUAUUUAGUGCCUUUCCAGUCUGAUACAAUGCUUUUUCCAUUAGCAACAUAAAAUGAUACAAUUUUAAUUGGUAAGUCUGAAUACAAAUAGUGAAGCAGUUGGCAUUUAGGAUACCUGAGAUGAACACUUUUGUCCCAGCUCCUUUGAAUUCAGGUGCUCACUGAUGGGGUAGUUCACUGUACUACAGUGAACUGGAGACUCUUUGGUUAUAUUUUGUAAGUGUGCUUAGAUAAGCUGGUGGUUAUUAAGUCAUUUUUAUCUUACCGUUUACAUUCCAGUAAUGCAGGUGUUAUUCUCCCAGGUAAUCGUGAAAUAGGAGAAAUGUUGUGAGAGGUGUUAUACAGAUAAGAACACAUAAAUACAGCACUUGCCUGGAAGAGCUGGCACCUGAAUUGUAAAUGGAAAAAAACAUGGAUAUCCGCAGAUGGAGUGGGUCAGUGGUAUGGUAGCAGGCAGUGAGGCAGGCUAUUACUGACUUGCUGGUGUGCUUCAGGUUUCUUACAAAUGCCACAGUGAAGGUAUAGCAUAGGAAAUCACUGAGCUUAAACCAGUGCAGCAAGUGAGCUGUAGGAAUUGUAGGAGGAGGUACUCGACUGCUAAGUACGGUGUGUAAGAUAGGAUGGGAAUAAGUUUUGAGGAAUAUCAACUAUGAAGUUUGUAUCUCCACCUCUGUUGCAUAAGGAUCUCAUGAAGAGCAGUGACCUGUUCAUUUAUUUUUUCCCAAAAGAGAAGUGCAAUCAGGUUCACACCAGCCUGAUAUUUUCUAUUGGUCCUAGCUCUGCUGAGUUUCAGUAAAACAUAACAUUUAAAAAAAAAUAUUUAUUUUAGAGUCUACAUCCAACUCUUUUAAUUUUCUAAGUGUAUACUUCAUUGAGAGGGCUAUGUUAAAUAUAGACUAUUUUAGGCAUAGCUUACAUUAAAAAUAAUCUAGGCAUACCUGAGUUUAAGUCAACAAAUUUAACGCUGCUACCUUCCUGUUGCUUGUUGGCACUUUGUCAAAUCUGAAACUUUUAAAAUUAGGCAGGCAGAUUGUUCUGUUGCUUUUGAAGUAUUUUGAUCUUUCUAGAAAGGUGGAAAUUAGCAGUUAGAGUGAGGAGCUUUUGAUCUUCAUCAGCUUUUUGCAGGCAGACUGCCAUUAGGAGUCAUUUUAAAAGUGAAAAGUAAACCAAGAAUAGCGAGUGAUGAUGAUUACACUUUAAACUCUUGUAUGCUGAGCUCAAAGUGUCUGAACAAGUUUGGCAAGAACUAGCUCUUAGUUUUGUAUGAAAGGAUUAUUUAAAUGGGAGAGAUCUGGCUCUUUCUAUAUUUAUUUUUUGUUUUCCCAUGAAACUGAAUUAUUUGUAUUUAAGGAGGCUGGGUUGGAAAGAGACAAAUCGUGCGGAUAUUGCCAAGGUUUUAAUCCUCAGUGUAUCUUGUUCAUUUUGUGUUCAUUUCCUCUCUGCCUGGUUGUCUUGAAUGAAUUGUGCCAGUGAUCAAGAGAAGCACAGAGAGUUUCUGAUUUGUUUUCUUCUUAGCUAUAUUUUACUGUUUUUUUGAGGGGUUCUAUUUUUGUUCAGAGUUUUCACUCCAAUUAAUUAUCAGUCUUUUGUUUCACAUAAACGGAAACGUUUCUGAGAAACAAUUUCUGAAGCACCUUACAGUUCUUAUAUCUCUCAACUAAAUAUAAUAAUAAGAUUCCUGGCAUAAUCAUUUUGGUUCUAAAUUGUUGGACGUGAUUUAAAUUGUUAUAUUCAAUUUUUUUCUUGUAAUGUUUUUAGUCCCCAGGUUUGCUUGAAGAGGUCAGACAGUGCUGUGUAUGUACUGUGCUACUUGUGUCUUGGAUGCUUGCUGAAUGGCUCCCCUUUCUUAUCACUUCGUCCCACUUCUGUGCUUUUCAAAAAUCAGACACAAGCCCUAUGUGGCCAAGUCCAUGGUAUUCUGUGGCUUUUCUAAGAGCUCCAGAGUCAGUAAACAUUGCCUGAUGGAUGCCUCUCUGUGUGUAUUUGUGAAAACUGACUAAUCUGCUCGUCCUUGUUACCUUUUGUUCUGCCGGCUCUUACUCAAUGAAGGCAGAACGGUCUCCAGGUUGGCUGGUGGAUUGCCAAAACGUGCAGUAUCAGUGCUUGGAUUUUAUGUCAGCAUUCGUUUCUGAUGCCACGUUGAUUAUAUUCUGUGAGAAGUGCCAUCUUUCCAAGUGUUCCAGGUUUGAUGCUCUUCCUUCCUCGUAUGUCCCAAAGGCCUGCAGAGAGCAGGCUGCUCCUGCCCUGUUCCAGAUGGUGUCUGCUGGCCUGCUGGCCACAGGGGUUCAGAGGUGGAAGAGACGUGCUUGCAUUUCAGCUACUCAGUAAGUAACAGAUGCGGGUGAAAGAUCCAUCAAGAGCUAACUCUGAGAAAACGAAGAGAAGCAAAAGGCAUAACAGGCCACAGGAUGAAGACUCUUCAGAUGAUAUUGCAGUGUCAUUUUCUUUAGGCUUAACCUGCCAGCACGUGAGCCAAGCAGUAGAUGUGCAUCAUGUGAAGAGAGCGGUAGCUCAGAGCAUUUGGUCAAUAUGUUCAGAGUGUCUGAAGGAAAGGCGGAUGAGUGAUGGUGAGCCUGUGGCACCUUCAGACAUAUGGCUGUGUCUCAAGUGUGGCUCUCAGGGAUGUAGUAAGAACUCAGAAGGACAGCAUUCUCUAAAACACUUCCAAACAGCACGCACAGAACCUCAUUGCAUUGUUAUCAGUCUCAGUACAUGGAUCAUAUGGUGUUAUGAAUGUGAUGAGGAGCUGUCAACACAUUGCAACAAAAAGGCUUUGGCUCAGAUAGUUGACUUUCUUCAAAAACAUGGUUCCAGGGCUGAACCAAGUUCAUCAAAAAUCAUACGACUCCGUGAUGACAGCAGUGAAACAAGUGAAAUUCUGAAAGGGAAAAGUUCUGGUAAUGGUGCAUCAAUUCCAGUUAAAGGAAUAAAUAAUUUAGGAAAUACGUGCUUUUUUAAUGCUGUCAUGCAGAAUUUGGCACAGACUCACAUACUAAAUGAACUGAUGUAUGAGAUGAAGGAAAAAGGAACAAAGUUAAAAAUCUGUCAUACUUCAGACUCCCAGUUGGAUCCUUUGGUGGUAAACCUGUCCAGCCCAGGACCCUUGACUUCAGCGAUGUUCUUGUUCCUUCACAGCAUGAGGGAGGCUGGAAGAGGUCCUCUUUCUCCCAAAGUACUGUUCAGCCAGCUUUGUCAAAAGGCUCCUCGAUUUAAGGGAUUCCAGCAGCAGGACAGCCAAGAGCUUCUGCACUAUUUGCUGGAUGCAAUGAGGAUUGAAGAAACAAAGCGUAUACAAACUGGUAUCUUAAAAGCAUUUAAUAAUCCAACAACUAAGACAGCAGAUGAAGAAACUAGAAGAAAAGUCAAAGCAUAUGGAAGAGAGGGUGUGAAGAUGAACUUCAUAGAUAGGAUCUUUGUUGGUGAAUUGACUAGCACUGUCAUGUGUGAGGAAUGUGAAAAUAUUUCAACAGUGAAAGAACCUUUCAUUGAUCUUUCACUUCCUAUAAUAGAAGAGAGGGUUGCAAAACCCGUGCCUUUGGGAAGAACAAAUAAAAGUAAAAGUACACAUGAAGCAGAUCUCGGACAGUAUACCUGUUCUUCCAUCAGUACACUGAAUAAUCAGCCCAAAAUUGUCAAGAAACACACUUCAACAAAGGAUAAGAAUCAGUUGAACCAGGAGAGAAGGCUUGCCAGAAAAGCUUCCUCUAAUGAAGAAGAAAGAAGCCCUGUUAUCAUGCAGGAAAGAACCAAAAAGCCAGAGCUGGAAGAUAGCUCUGGUGUGCUGUACUCCAAAGACACAACUGUGGAAUCUGCCAUGAAUGGGAGUCAGACAGAGGGCAGCGAGAAAGAAGCCAGCCGCUCUGAAAGCAGCUUUGAUGCAGACAGCGAAGCCUCUGAAAGUGAAAGUGCUUCUAAGCAAACAGCUUUUAGUUCAUGCAGCAGCACAUCUGCUUUGCACGUCAACCACAUCAGUGUUAAAAUGCCCCACACUAAACCAAGUGACACUAAUGAUGAGAAGAUUUCCAGCGCCAUAUCCAAACUCAGCUUCUGUGAUACUAUAAAUGAAGAUGAAAAGUCAAGCUGUGGUGAUCCAGGUUUAUCGAAUAAUUCCAUGUUCUCAGUAGACAAGUCCUCGUUGUCCCAAAACCCCCAAAGUGCUUUUCAGACGCUUUCCCAGAGCUAUAUAACGAGCUCCAAGGAAUGUUCUGUCCAGUCCUGCCUUUACCAGUUUACCUCUGUAGAGUUGUUAAUGGGGAACAACAAGCUUUUAUGUGAGAGCUGCACAGAAAGGAAACAGAAGUAUCAGAAGAAAUCCAACUCCUCAGAAAAGAAAAUGGAAGGUGUCUACACGAAUGCUCGGAAACAGCUACUGAUUUCUUCAGUUCCUGCUGUUCUUAUUCUCCAUCUGAAAAGAUUCCACCAGGCUGGUUUGAGUCUACGGAAAGUAAACAGACAUGUGGAUUUCCCACUGAUUUUAGACCUAGCACCAUUUUGUUCUGCUUCUUGUAAGAACGUUACAGAUGGUGCAAGAGUGUUGUACAGCCUUUAUGGAAUAGUGGAGCACAGUGGGUCAAUGAGAGGCGGUCAUUAUGCGGCUUAUGUGAAAGUCAGAACAUCCUCCAAGAAAUUACUAGAGCAUAUUUCCACCACUAAAAAUGUUGUAGGUUUAAAAGAAGCUGUGGGAGCAUCGUCAGGACAGUGGGUGUAUGUUAGCGAUGCCCAUGUUCAGAUGGUUCCAGAAUCACGAGUGCUAAAUGCACAAGCAUAUCUGCUUUUUUAUGAAAGAUUGCUGAUGUAAUUCUCAACAGUUUAGUUUUAAAAAACUGUAGUGGUUAUUUAGUUUCUCUUAUUUAAAGCUGCAGUAGUAAGAGUACCUGUAAAUAUUGUGCCUUUAUCUUGUAGAGAAUUUAUCAUAUGUUGACUCUGAAAUCCAGUCAAGCUAUUAUAAAUAUCUGAGUGGUUCCUUUAAAAUAUGCACUUUGUCACACAUUUUAAUUUUACAGUUAGAAUGUAAGAUGAUGUUCUAUCCUAGUGAGGUCAGUGGAAACUUUUGUUCUUGAUUUUAAUGAAGAUAAGCUUUCACCCAUAGUUCUAGAACAGGUGAGAAUAAAAAUGCUGAUAGUGUUAAGUGCCUGGAUUUGCUGCUGUACCGUAACAAUAUAAAGUACUUGAAAUUCUUUGCGAUUGAGUCUGGAUCCUUCCCAUCCCUGGGCUGGAUGUCUGCUGUUAGGAUUUCUGCAAACAAGCACAUGUCAAAGCAUGUAGCCUGCAGACGUAGUAAUUGGAGAGCAGCGUUUCCAGAACAGAACAAUAAUAGAUGUCUCUGGGUAAUGCUGCAGUGCGCUUUCCCAAUGUUAUUGGAAAUAGACCGGGAAAGUAUUAAAAUAUUGCUUCGACAGUGUAGAUGGUUAACACCUGUUCAGCUGUCUCCAACAAGCACUGGUAUAGCCAUGUACUCCUCUUUUAAUGUAAAUACAUACUGUGGUGUGCAUGUAUAUAUUCUCUAAGGUAAAUAUAUACAUAUAUAUACAUGCACACCAUAAAUCCAUCGAUAUAUAUUGUCAUUUUACCUAUUAGGAUAGGAAAGAGAAUUGCAAACACUUCUGUAUUUAGUAAAUUUUCAAAUUCAUGAUUAUGACACCUGUACAGCGUAUGACAAGCUUGUGUAUGAAUAUGUAUGGGGUUUAAGUGUAACUGGGUCAUUCUGUUACUUUUGGUUCCAAACAUGAACUUGUUUAUCUGUUCCUGAAUACUUUUCUCAUGGGAGUAAUAAACUAUAAAUUAUUUUUGCA